UCAGCAGUUAAAAAGUAUAACAUAAAAGAAAUACCUUAUAAAGCAUUUAGUAAUAAAAAAAAGAUAAAAAGAGGGGGAUUCGGAAUAGUAUUUAGAGUAAAAUGUGAGUCGUUAGGAGAUGUAGUCAUUAAAGAAGUGGCUGAUACAGAUGUAGAUGAACAAAACAGGAAGAUUUUCAUAAACGAACUAAAACAGCAUAGUAGAGCUAACCAUCCUCGAAUUAUUCAAUUUCAUGGGAUCACUAUGGAUAAGGACGAAGAAAUACAUUUUCUUGCUCUAGAAUAUGCAAAUAACGGAAAUUUACGACAAUAUUUAAAAGAAUUAAAACCAGGAUGGCUAGAGAAAAUUAGACUUACAACUCAAAUAGCCGAAGGAAUGUGCUAUCUUCAUAGCAUAAAUAUCAUACAUCGUGACUUGAAGGAUAUUAAAAUUUCGGACUUUGGAUUUUCAAGAAAACUUGAUUGUAUGAUGAAUACAAAUAGUAAACAUCUUUAUGGUGUAAUUCCUUUUGUCGAUCCUCAAAAGCUCAAAAACUUUCAAUAUAAGUGCGAUCAAAAAUCUGACAUUUAUAGCAUCGGUGUGCUUAUGUGGGAGGUCUCGAGUGAUGGACAAAUUCCAUUUGCUCAGGAAAAUUAUAGUACACUCGCAAUAAGUAUCAUUCAAGGUUUACGCGAAAAACCUGUCUCAGGAACCCCUAUGCAUUACAUUAGUCUUUAUUCAGGAUGUUGGAAUAAUGAGCCGCAUAAACGUCCUUCCGUGGUGGAAAUCUUUCGACAAUUAGAAACUUUAGAAUUGGAUCCUAAAUACAAAGAUACCGAACUUAAAGAAAAUAAUAGCUCUGAUUUUAAAAGCGUUGAUAUUGACGGCGAAAUUUAUAAAACAAAAGGGAGUAGAGAUUUAGAAUUUCGUAUCAACA